AAGAGGUUAAACUGGCCCAAAGUCGAGGCAGAACAGCACCCAGCUGAGGAGCCCUUAGAAAACGACGGCCGCGCAUCAUGGCCAACAAAACGUGCAUGUCUGGGUGCCAAUGCCACCAACGGUUACUGGCGUGGGCAGGCAUCCGUCAGCAUCAUUGGAAGCCAUUGAACCCCCACCAGUAAAGCCUUGCAAGGCAGUCUGACCAGUCAAAUGUGAUCCGGCAUGUAGUGGACAAAUUCCUGAGUGGCAACCAUUACAAUGGGGUUUGAAGAAGGCCAAAGCCUUCCCCCAGCCUUCUUCCCCCAGUCCUUUAUCCCAACCACGUUCUCCAGCUCUGGACUGGUUACUCUCUCAUUCCUGGCACCCAAAACAGCACCCAAAACAACUGCGUCACAAUCAUGUCAUACUGGACCCAGCGCGCUCAGUCUUAUCAGAGGGGACGUUCAGGAGGAGGAGUAGGAUCGCGUCCAAGAGGUGGAGGACGCUGGCGGAAGGAUGAUGAUGUCCCUUCCACACCUUCCCCGCCUCUUGGCUCCCUUAUCUCGUCUCUCCGGAAGGACGAUAUCGACGACGCUGCGGAAGGGCUCGCCAAGUCCGCAGUAAUCCGAGACUGCAGAACAGUUGCGUCAUACAACUGGCUGGAGAAGAAGGGCUCGGAGGCGACUGUACUCGUUCCUGGCAAGCCUCCCCUGUGGACUCCCCUUCCAAGAUCAGUCCAGCUCCAAGAAGACAGCGGGACGUAUUUCCGCGAUAAGAAUGCCGCUCGGUUUCCCACUCAUCCCCUCGAACCCGCGGUCGUCACUUGCCUGUCCGAGGCUCCCAAGCUCCCCGCCGGAGUCGACGUCGUGGCCUGCGGGAGCACACUGGGCAACCUCCUCCGCUUCAUUCGCGGGCAAGACAAUACGUUUCGCAUACUUGUGGAGAAGGUGCAUAGCACCGUCUUCUUCGUCCGGCGUGAGAAUUCCCCUACCGAGACCAUUCCUGGCGUCCGUGGCUAUGGCCAUUCGUUCCCUGACGCGUACACAACCUGGGAACCCGAUGUCAAGGGAUCCGCAUCCCACCAGCGUGUCAUCCACUACAGCUUCGGCGGGCUCAAGUUUCUGGUGCGGUUUGAGGCCGACGGGUACGUCAAGGGGGCCUUGGAUAAGCGUGCUGUUGGCAAGGCCGUAGCACCUUCUAUCGACGACCUAGCCGGGAUCCUGUCCGACAGCACAGUCACCUCUCAACUUUCGUCAUCCGCAUCUGCACCCCCAUCUAAGCUGCAGAUAAUGCCCGGCGGAAGCACCAUCGACCAGGGGCUCGUCUUCGAUCUGAAGACCCGAAGCAUCAAGUCACAGGACAAGGACCAUCUCGGAGACGAGCUACCGCGGCUGUGGGUGUCGCAGAUCCCCAACUUCAUCCUCGCCUUCCACACCCGAGGCCUAUUCAAGAAAGAGAACAUCCAGAUCAGGGACGUCCGAGAAGACGUGAAGAAGUGGGAAGAGGACCACAACCCCGACCUGGCCCGCCUCGCCGAGCUGAUCCACCGCGUCAUCGAGAUGGUGUCCGCCGCACCAGGUGGCAAGCUCGAGCUCUGCCACCGGACCGUCGGGACGCUGGAGGUGCGGAAGCAGCUCCCCGAUGCUGGUGAUGCCCUGUCACCCGAGGUGAGGGCGAAGUGGGAGGAGGCCUCGCUCGAUCAAGUCGCCGUGGCCGACGACAAUGUAUUGUUUGCUUGGGAUGGCGCUGCGGAAGUGGAUUAUACGGCCUGCUCCGCGACUUGCGGGUAUUGUGGGCAGUGUACCUGCUGAGGUCUGCCUUGGUGUUACCCCUGAAUUCAUUUCUCUAAUUUAACCAGGCCGGAGAUUGAAAUAUGAACAACUAUGUUGAACUUAAUAUUGAAAAUACCUUCCCCAUGUUUGCUUCCAUUCUUGAGAAGGUGCUGGUGGCAACUUGAUAUCAGUGAUAUAUAAGGGAGGUAGAGUAAAUGAAGCAC